AUGGCUGAACCGCCCCGGCUGUCUCGACAGGUCUCUGACUUGCGUUUGGAGACAGAAUUUCUCCAGUCUUCUACAGAGCACUUAAUCCAAGGUGCAGGUCAAGGUUCAAUGAGACAACGAUGGCGUUCCCACGAUCAAAAACCAAUACUUGGGCAGGGGAGUUAUGGUGUCGUACGUCUGGAGCGAUCCGAAAGCGACCCCGUUGCGCUGCGAGCCGUGAAGCAGAUUAAGAAGAGUGAUCCGAAUGGCAACGCGAUAGAGUAUACACGCGAAUUAGAGGCGAUUGUGAGAUUCUCCCACUCCGAGCUGAAGCAUCGAUUUGUGUGCUCUAGCGGUUGGUUUGAGGAUGAAGCGUCCAUUUUUAUCGUCAUGGAGUAUUUGAUGGAUGGUGAUUUGAGUCACCAUAUCAAGAGUCCGCUCCCAGAAAGUGAUGUGACAGAGAUCAUCGGGCAGAUCUUGGAAGGACUUGGCCAUAUGCAUGAUCACGGUUUCAUCCAUCGGGACUUGAAACCCGGGAAUAUUAUGGUGGCCGCCAAGCAGCCCUCGUGGAAGGUCAAGAUUGCAGACUUCGGCGUGAGCAAAGAGCGACACUUAGCAUCCAUAUCCCCCAAUACAUUCUAUGUAGGCACCCUUGGAUAUGCUGCCCCCGAACAGCUCGCCGUAGGAAAGCUACCCGACUCCUCAGUUCACGGUAAUGAGGCAGAUCUAUGGUCAGUUGGUAUCAUCACGUUCCGUAUCCUCACGGGCAAGCUCCCAUUCCCCGACACACAAGCGCUAUCUCGAUAUACAUUUGGCAAAAUUCAGUUUCCAGUCGAUCAACUGGACUCCGUAAAUACGUCGAGGAAUGCUGAACGAUUCAUUCGGGGUCUUCUUGUCUUUCAGCCACAUGAGCGGAUGUCAGCUCGAACAUCGCUUUCUCACCCGUGGAUGAGCUCUCGAAAUGCGACAGAGGAAUCGCAAUUAUCCCUGCGGUCCAUAGAGAGCAUGCACAGCCACAGCUCAUAUCCCGUGUCUCAGGUCUCCGAACUGCCAUCUGCUCGAUGGAGCGAUGUAUGGGACUCUACACCAGCUCCGCCGGAUACCAUUCGACCAGAAAAACAACAAGAACAGCCAAGGAAGCCUCUAGGGCCACCUCCUCAAUUACCUUCUGUGACUGAAUUGUCUCAAUCAUCACAACCCCCCUCAUCUCCAUUAUCCAAUACAAACAAACCAGCUCAGGCAUAUCGAACAUCCGAACAAAGCUCAGAAUCUUCACUCCCUUCUCCCCAGAAUGCUUCGGCUGGCCUGUUGGCUGAACGAACUGGAAAGGGAGGUGCCUUGAAAAAGUACCUACGAGCUGCCCAGAUCGGAGUGGCGAAAAAACUUGUCGAUUCCCAGAAAUACCAAGAGGCUGUCCCCUCACUAAAACAGCUUCUCAGUAUUUCUAGCGAGCUAGACGGGACGCAGCAAGCGAGUGUUGCUGAUUUGGGUGCCCUGGCGUUCAUCGAAGCCCUUGUGCCGAUAGAAGAGAUCGAGGCAUACCUUUAUCAGAACGAAUCGUUCAAGUCUAUAUACUUGGAGUCAUUGAUCCAGAAGAAUAAAGAGCGGUGUGCUGCUGAGGCCUAUCAAGAGGCUGCCCCUUGGCUGAAACAACUUUUGGAGAAUUACGAUCAUUUGAACUCGAACCAGCAAGAGAUUGUUGUUAGUUUGGCUGCUUUGGCAUUCAUCGAAAGUGGCGCACAGGUAGAAGGCAUACUUGGGCAGAACAGCGAAUUUGGGGUUGUCUACGGCCGCAUGCGGGUGCUGAAGGUGGAAGAGUGGUUUGCACAAGACCGCCAUUAUGAUAUCAUCAACCUUUUGGAGGAAUACCGGUCUCUUGAGCUUCCUCCCUGGUCACCGGAUCAAUUGUCUGAGUAUCCAAACACCAAUGAGGAGAUACGGCUACGAAUGCGUCUUGCCGCAUGCUUAAAUCAUACGGGCGAUGCAGAGCAAGCCAGAUCUAUCUUGGAGAAUCUGCUACUGUUCAUGGCUGACUCACAUGACCAACGAGCUCCUGUCCACAUCAUGAUGUCUGAGACACUCACAACCACGGCAUAUCAAAGUGAGGAGCUAAAGUGGCAAGUUCUUGCCAAGAAUCACGCCGAGGAAGCAGCAAAUUUGUAUAUGGCUUCCGCAGGGUUGGCGAGCCCGGGCACAUUGAAGGCAGCAACUCUCGUGGCUGGCCUGUCUGAAGAGCUUGGAGACGAGGAUCAAGACGCCUGGAAACAAAUCUUAGCCGACGCGAAGCACCAUAACCGUCUUGCGAAAAUUAGGAAAUUCACAUCUGAAGCUAACAAGUUCAAGAGAAAGAAACACGCACAAGCUUUGGUGCUUUGCCAAACCAGGAUGAUAGAGGCGUCGCAUACGGACCCUGACAGAGCCGUGGAGAUCGCACUGGAUUAUUUGAAAUCCAAUUUUGCCAUGCCUUACGGGCAGAAUUUCUGUGAGCAAUGCGCCGAAGAGUACUUUAGGAGAAGCGAAUUUUCAUGGACCGCUGCUCCGCCGCCAGAAUGGACCGUGUGUCAACAUGAUGGCAACAUCGCGAUGAUUUUCUCGCCACUGCAUUUCUUCGCUUGUGCAGGUCGUAAACAGUCAUCAGGAUCUCCGCCUCACUGCGCCCAGGAGGUAGCCUGCAUUCUUGACAUGGCUGGUACAGAACCCAUUAUCAAUAAUGUCAUCUCGUACGGUGGAGGAUCGGAUGGAAUUUUUCCUAUCACUCCUCUCUGGGUGGCUGCCUUCUGGGGACACAUGGAAGUCGUGAACUCUUUCCUAAACAGAAAGGAUAUUGAUAUCAAUAUUGGAUCCCAGUCGAUACAGAGACUUGGGUUUCACAAACUCGUUGCGGGUGAAUUAACCAUCCUUGCAGUUCUAAGUCGCAUGUCGCGCGACCAGCUUGAUAUCUGCCUCAGAGAAUCUGCCGGAGAAAGAGCCAGAUAUCCUUUCUGGCCAUGGUGCUUCGCUACUCGAGAUAUUCUCCACACGACGCUUAUGACGCUAGGGCCGGGCAGUGGCAGUAUCGGAGUUCCGUGGAGGUUCCAAUCCCAAUGGAUGGCCGACGGAGAGGAGGUUCGUUGCAGCCUACUCAUUAUUCUCCUAGCUUUCCCGGUCGCCAUUGCUGCAUUCCCUAUGCCAAGGUUAGAAGCUUUGGAGAUGCUCUUGGAGUAUGGUGCAGACAUCAGGAGUACUGGGCCAAAAUUGAAACUUGAGAAUCAACCGGCAAUUCUAAAUGUUGUCAACGCCCUGGGGUUGGGCUUAAGUGAUGCCAUCGGAAAGCUAGAAGCCCUUUCUACAACAAAACCUAAAGACCAAAUUCACCGACCCGUUCUAUAUAUGGAGCAGGAUAAUUCGGAGUCGAAUAGACGGUACCUGCACAAUGAGAUCAAGACGUCGAUUGCCAUGACUCACCACGUCAUUAAAGCGCUGCCAUCGUUCACUCCUGAUGGCUCAGGGGAGGGCUCAUAUACUUCGUUUGGCCUACAAUGGAAUAAUUACUGGUCAGAUGUAACCAAACAGUUUUUCCAUCUAGAAAGUCGGACUAGACUCGUCGGGAAAAGGGACAGAGUGCUGCAUUUAAUGGAAAGACCAAAGCGACUCCGGCUUGAUAGUGCUCGUUUCACUAUUAGUCUCCCCGAAAGAGUUUUUCCUCAUAACAAGCUGGGGCUGCCACCGAACUCCAAAGUACUACAAAACCCCGAUAAAGACUGGAUUGACUUAGAAAAGUUGCGAAAUCUGCUUGAAAGCGACAUUGCCAGAGUUCUUAGAAAAAUCGGGUGGAUUGACCAAACUGUCUUGUUUGACCGAGCAGGUCCUUACCUCGACCACCGAGCGUCUUUACCUUGA